GGAGCAAACUAUGACAAAGCAUGGCUAGUGAGCUCAAUCCAGAGCCAUUGCAGUGUCUCCUUCACACCUGUUGAUUUCCACUGUGUCAAAAAUCGGGCCCGGUUCUUUGUUGAGGACCAUAGAACUGCUUCUGCAUUGAAGGAUGUCAGCUACAAGAUCUGUGAUGAGGACAACCGAAAGAUACCUAUCAUUGUCGGUCCUUCUGGUGUACCGUACUCUAUAAAGCAUAAGUUAAAGCCAGAAGAAAUGGAGGAGCUAGAGCUGACCCUGACCAAACGAUAUGAUGUCUGCGAGAAAGCUCUUGACCUCCAGAAGCUCCGCUUUGACCCAGACUUAGUGGACCAUAGUGUGGACAUAAUCCUGAAUCACAGAAGCUGCAUGGCUGCCACGCUGCAGAUCAUUGAGAAGAAUUUCCCUGAG